AGAUGCCGUGCUGACGGUGGUUGGGAUUACAAGAGGUGAGCGCGGAUAGCCGAUGUGUACAGACCCAACCAGCCCCCUGUGCGCGGAGGUUCCAGCCACUGGAUCCACUACUCACGCUCUAAUCAUUCUCGCCGACACCGGUACCAUCGGAGCCACCACCAUCACCACCAUCAACCACCACCACCACCAUAGCGGUUGUGCAGCCCUUGGGGCUACGGGCAAGAGGCCAGGACUCGGGUGUGCCACGCGCACACUAUGGAAGCACAAACGCCCACCCACUAGAGUGUCAUAGGCUGUGAUACCGGAACCAGGGUUUCCCACGCCGACCCCCAGGACUCUGGUCACGUGACAACAGCAACAAAACCCCCCUUUAAGAACCUCAACAACUCGAAGGGUUCUUACAGGUGGACUUGAUCAAUUCCCUGGGACCAAAAAAAAAAAAAUGACGACUUGUGGUGGUCUCGGCUCCUGACGCUUGAGUUCUUGACGAAAGUGUGAAGACGAAGAUGGAGUGAGAGGAGAAAAGGCGGAGCACAUACAAACCCUGAGUGCUGAUCCUCCCAUCCCCUACCUCUUCCCCGGUUUCUUGCCAAUCCAAGGAAAGCGGCAAAAGAAGAUUCAGCGGCUGAGAAACCAAUCUUUUAAGCGACGGGUAGCCACUCACUUAUGCUGCCAGUGGCAGGGGUCCAGAACGAUGCGAGUCGGGCAGUCCGCGCGCCUGUGUGCGUGCUGCGUGCUGUACGUGCUGUGCGUCACCGUGUCCGUGCUGGCGGGGGGACCGGCGGCCGAGGACCCACAACACAGCAGGAGGGAGGUCCUACAGCGGCGUACAGACGAAAGCCUGUCACAAGUGAGGCAUUUCCAGGUGGUUAUUCCACAGCUGGUUGACCACAGAGGGACCUUCUUAAGUUAUGACGUCAGCCAAACGGGCGUGCUACGUCACAUGACGGGCAACCGUCGCCGCGGUCGUCAGAAGAGGGCGACAGACGACUCACACGUGUACCUGGAUGGCGCCGACCAGCUGGGCAGGAACAGUGUGUUCUACAAACUCAGUGCCUACGGACAGGAAUACCACUUCAACUUGACGCUCAACACCAACCUUCUGGCCAACAGCUUCGUGGUCGAGUACUGGGGCAGCCAUGGGACCGUCCAGAAAGCAGAGAGACGUGGGACUGUCACUACACAGGCUUCAGCACGGGACCAAGGCAUUCCAACGCCGCCCUAAGCAACUGUGUC